UAUUUGUAGGCAGGCAGCUCUUGGUCAGCCCAGGUUGCACUGUAGGGUCCUAAGAUUCAUGUACCGGGUUACUAUAGUAACCAACAAUGAUAGCGCGGCUUCUUCUUCCUGGUCUACAGAGAAUGUGUUCCGUUCAUUCAGAGUAACCUGGUGACAAAAUGGAGAACCAUCACACCUUCCUGUACUUUGCAUACGGCAGCAACCUCCUGAAGGAGCGGCUCCAGCUCAAGAACCCCUCUGCAACAGUUCACUGUGUGGCCAGGCUCAAGGACUAUAGACUGGUGUUUGGGAACCAUAGAGGCUUGGCCAGUGACCGGUGGCAUGGAGGUGUAGCCACCAUAGAGCACAGCCUAGGUGACGAGGUGUGGGGUGUCGUCUGGAGGAUGAACAUGUCUGAUCUAGAGUCUCUGGACAGUCAGGAGAAUGUGACAUUAGGUGCGUACAGUCCUGUGGAGCUCUCAGUGAAGACAAAGGGCCAGGAGCUCAACUGUCGCACCUACGUAAUGAACAGCUGUGUGUACGCCCCGCCGUCGCCUCAGUACCUGCAGGUGAUCAGGAUGGGGGCGGAGCAGAACGGUCUGCCCAUGGACUACCAGGAGAAGCUGAGAGCGAUCAAGACCAACAUGUACGAGGGUCCGCUGCCCAUGAUGGCUGAACUGGAGAGAGCCAGGAGGAGAGCUAAAGAGAGGGCCAACCACCGCUCUGAUGCCUGAUGCUUCAGCAGAAUCUAGGUCCACGUUGUACUACAGGACAGCACUUGUAACACUGUAUUCAUCAUAAUACUGUAGAUGAACCAGUUCACCUGAGGAGGCUGACCUCAGUCUCAGCAGCCAGGUGUCUGACAGAGCCCACUGAUGGCUCUGUGGUCUGCACAGAUGAAAAUCACUGUGUCAUUUACAGAGUGGAGGUGUGAGAUCCACCAUAACUGUUGAGUGAAUAUAUAUGACCACGAGGAUCAGUACUGCAGGCUGUAACUUUCUUUUUGCUUCACUAUCGUGCCUUUAUGUUUUUAUGGCUGAGAUAUUUCAGAGCCUGUUUCCUGCUCGUAAAUCACUAUGAGUCAUGGACAAAAACAAUAAAGGGUCAUUCCACUGUUUCUCAAAGUGUCUGCCUACAAGUAUAGCCAGUGUAGGUGCAGAUAGAUUUGUCUACACUGUACCAACAGUAACAUAACUUCCUAAAUUAACAGCAUGCAUUAUAUUAUAAUCUAAAUAAAGUCAGUCAGUGAUGGCAGGGGUAUUUUAAUACCUUGUUGAAAGUAAGGAAAAACAAUGGCUGCCUCAGAGGUUAAAAAACUUUACAUUAAACAUCAGCCAUAAUUUAUAGUGAAGCAGGGGCCCCGCCUGGGAUUGUGGGCCCCAUGAAAAGAUAUCACAUUGGGCCCCAACACCACAGGCCACGCCACCCUGAACAUAUAACCCUAUGUAGACAUGAAUACAACAUCCUGCACACGGUGGGUCUCACUGUUUGAUGCCACACUAUAAGAAAUGUGCUGAAGGCAGGUGACAGUUUAAAUGUCAUCUUAAACGAUAUCAUCAUAACUUCAUCGACUUAAAUGAACCGAAUACACCAUGAAAACUCUAGACAGCAGCGAAUCCUGCAGAACACUGAAUCACCAAAUGACCAUAUUUCAGUAUGUAUCAGAACCAUGGAGACAGAACCUGGCAGAACCCGGGUCAUGUGACUGGAAGGUUUUAUUUUAAGACUGACAAACUGUCCAACAUCAAAUUCAGACUACAGACUGUUUCAUAUAAUGAUCACCAUGUGGAUUUAAUCAUUUUUAUUUACUUUGUGCCAUAAACAAGAAAAACAAACCAUUAGUUUACUAUGACUAUAAAAUAUUCUAUUAAUGAUGAUAGGAUAAUAAUUUUAUUGUGAUAAAACAAUCAUAAUCACAUUGAAAGAGUCUGCAUGCCAGACACAAAUCUGUUCCUCUGAGAUGUAAUAUUUGUGACGCUACUUGUCUUUUCUCACAUAACCAAGUGUAACAUUAUUUGAAAUUAACAUUAAAGUUGUUCAUGUCAACG